UAUCAAAAUGAGUGUCAUACGGAAUCAUAUGUUACUAUUUGCAGAGCAAACAGAGAGGAAAAUGUUCUGAAUUUUCGGUGGGCAUGCAGUGUUUCUGUGUGGAGCUAACAAUGCACAUGAAUUUGUGUUAUCAUAUGUUUCGUUGUAGGGCUUUACUGUAGUGCAGGCGGCUUAAGAUUGUUGGAAGGGAGUCCUGUUAGCUACACAAUGAACAAGGGGAAGAUUUUCAAGUUGGCAAAGGGAUUUAGAGGAAGGGCGAAAAAUUGCAUAAGGAUAGCACGAGAGAGGGUUGAGAAAGCCUUGCAAUAUUCCUACAGGGAUAGGCGUAACAAGAAGAGAGACAUGCGGUCCCUAUGGAUUGAGCGCAUCAAUGCUGGUACACGACUGCAUGGGGUGAACUAUGGCAACUUCAUGCAUGGACUGAUGAAGGAGAACAUCCAACUGAACAGGAAGGUGCUCUCGGAGCUGUCAAUGCAUGAGCCGUACAGCUUCAAGGCACUUGUUGAUGUAUCUCGCACUGCAUUUCCAGGGAACAGGCCACCUGCCCAAAAGGAAGGUCUAGCAGCUAUUCUGUGAAACAGCUUGCCCAAUAAAUCACUGAUGUCAUGCUGAUCUUCCAUUUUCCCUUCAUUCCAACUGAAAGUUAUUGCCAGUCUACCAAUAUCUUGUAUCCGGGAGGUGACUCAUGUAAUGUCUUUUCACCAUUCCCUGUGGUAUUCUCUUUAGCAGGAACACCUUUUGAAUGCAUUAUUGCCCAUUUGGCCCC